CUAGUUUCAGGGUCUAUCUCCAGUUGCAGAGGGGUGAUCCAGCACGCCUGUCCUCCUCCUGUCUCUCCUUCUCCGUCCAGAGGAGGUUUCUGUUCCUCCACCCGUUCUUCUUCUCUUCCUUUGGACCCCCGGAUGCCUCGAUCCUUCUUCUUCUGUUUGCAGUGGCUUUGAUCGCCAUCUAUUCAUCCAAAAUCCCAAGACUUCGCUGUCCUUGCAGGAGAUCGUCCCUUCUCCUGGCCGACCCGAGCCUUCCUCAUCCCUUCCUCCCUUCAGCCCUGGGAUCAGCUGAUCGGGCGGACACAUCCAGCUAACCAAUAAGAAGCAAGCAUGACAGACAAGCCGGGCAUGCCGACGGGCGGCGGAGACGACGCCGGGAGCAUCAUGGUGCUGCUGGAGCGCGUGGCGGGCCUCAUGGACAGCGUCCAGACCACGCAGCAGCGCAUGGAGGAGCGCCAGCUGGAGCUGGAGACCACGGUGAAGACCAUCCAGACCGACGUCAUCAAGCUGACCAGCGCCCACGCCAACACCUCCUCCACCGUAGACCGGCUGCUGGAGAAGACCCGCAAGGUCAGCCGCCACGUCAAGGACGUCCGGGUGCGCGUGGAGAACCAGAACGUCCGGGUGAAGAAGGUGGAGGCCACGCAGGGGGACCUGCUCGCCAAGAACAAGUUCAGGGUGGUCAUCUAUCAGGUAGGAGUCCCUGGUGCUUCAUGGGUACUUCACGAGCAAUGA